CAUCCACCAUCUUGUGCAUAAAAAGUGAAAUUCGUGAAGAUUAUUAAAAUCUAUGCGAAGAAAAGUGCAAAAUUAUUUUAUUUUACAAGAAAAUACCUACUAUAUAUUGACAUUAAUAAUUUAGUUAUCUUACUGAUAAACAUUGAUAAAAACCACGAUGGCUGCAUUAGAUUAUGAUGCUUUACAAGCUGAAUUGAAAAAGAGACGAAUUUGUCGCUUUUGUUUGUGCCAGGAUAUCUGCAAACUAACAAAUAUUUAUAUGCGUGAUACACGCAUCAAAUCCUCGGCUCCAUUGCCCAUACAAAUUAUGGCUAUAGCAUCAAUUGAAGUAUUUAGCAAUGACGGUAUGCCUUGUUAUGUGUGCUCGGAAUGUACAGCCAUGUUCGAGUACAGUUAUCAAUUCAAGCAAAUGUGCAAAAAAGCCGACAAUCUUUUGCGUCAAUUUCCAUUGACAGGAAAAUGGCCUGAAUGUUUGCAAAAACCAAUUUUGCAGCAAACUCAGCCGCCCCUAGCUACUAUUGUCGGACCUGUUAAACAGAAUACCAAAAUCACUCAAGCGCGCAUACAACAUACUUCUAAAUCGGCUGGCCAAAACGAAUCUCUGCUAUUGCCUAAAAAAAUAUUAAAUUCGACUGUGGCAGCAAAAGUAGCAGCAUCAAAAGCAGGCAAGAUCCCACCAGAUAGCUUGCCGAAUAUCGAGAGCGUUACAAAAAUAAAUGUUGCCAAAGUAGAGAAAUUGGAAGAAGGUUGCAACAUAACAUUUUUGCAAAAAAUUGAAAAUAACGAUGAAUUAUCACUUGAUGACAUCCAUCAAUUGGUGGCCGCCGAAGAUGUGAAUGAAACGGAAUUUGUUAAUAUGGAUAGUUUGCCGGUGGUGGUUGUAGACUCGGGUAAUAAAACCACGAAACCAAAAUUAUUGAAUAAAUCAUCCGUAAGAAUUUUAAAUAAGGAUGCCAUUCGCGAAAAUGAACCACGUUUAAGUUUGCCAAAAAUUAAGAAAGAUGUAGAUGGUAAAAUGGAAAUAGUCGCUGAAAUUUUAAACGUUGAUGAUACUUAUGAAGAUGAACCUGAUCCUAACAAUGCUUCUGUUAUAGAGACCAAUGUAUAUCCUUGUCCCCAUUGCGAACGCACCUUUCCGUUGUUACAGUUGCGAGAGUUACAUUUGAAAAAUCAUUCGCGUGACCGAAAAUUUCAAUGUGAUUACUGCGAUAAGUCGUUCUUUUCCAAAUAUGACUUGCAACGGCACUCAUUCAUACACAAUGGUGAAAAGCCCUAUAAAUGCUCAGCAUGCGACAAAGCUUUUUCACGUUCAAGUCUAUUGUCGCGCCACGAAAAGACCCAUACGGAUGUACCAAAAUUUAUAUGCAUUCAUUGUGAACGAUCCUUUAUAUCGAAAGAUGACAUGGAAAAACAUGCCGAGCACCACAAUAUAAAUCGACCAUUCGUUUGUAAAAUUUGUAAUAAAGGAUUUGCUUUUAAGCAAGGUCUCGAGCGGCACGAGGUUAUACAUUCAAGACAACAGCCUUACGCAUGUCAGUACUGCGAACAGAGUUUUUCAACAACUACCAAACUGUCUCGUCACCUGACUGCCCAUGCCGGUCUAAGGCCAUAUCCUUGUAAAUUCUGUAAAAAAUCAUAUUUACUAUCACAUCAUUUGACACGCCACUUGCGUUGCCAUAGAAAUAUCGAUGAUCCCGUCAAUUCGAUUAACUUUAUGUGCAGUUCUUGUAACACCAGUUUCGCGACACGUGAUGAACUCAUACAUCAUUCUACUAGCCAUGCAAAUGAAUCGAAUCUAACAUGUCCAUUGUGCAAAGAUGUAUUUGGAGAUAUGAGCACAUUGACGUCACACAUACAAGAUCAUUCUGAAGGCGAAGCUUAUGCAUGCGAGUUUUGCGACUUGAUCUUUAUGACAGCAGACAAAUUACAAAUACAUACGGAUCAGGAACAUGCUUUAGAAAUGGAAGUAUAUCAUGCCGACGAUCGUGCUCAGGCCGAUAAACGAAAAGAACAAUCUCAAAAAGAAGCCUCGGCUAUUAGCGAUGAGAAGUUGCAAAGCUCAGUUGAUGAAUUUCUCGUUGAUGUGUUGUCUGACGAAGUAAACGAAUCGCUUGAAUCAAUAAAGAAAAAAAUUAAAACUGAAACAGGUAAACAAUCACCAAAGAUUAUCAACCAAAUAAUAAUCCGAAGUGCAGCAAAUGAUAAAAACGAUGAAAAUCAGAUGGAAGAUAAAAACAGUCUGUUGAUUCCGUUGAAACAACGUAAACUUGACGCUGCUGCAAAGAAAACUAUAACUCAAACAAACACACCACAGCAAACCAAACAAUCUCCGCAAUUAAAACGAAAAACACCAAAUGCAAAAGCAGCUACAACAACAAUAAGGGAUGCAAAGCAGCCAACCAUUCAGUCUUUAUUAAAAACACCUAAAAGUGCAACCGCUACUAAGACAUCUCCUACAAAGACCAUGACGCCGACCAACGUAUUACCCAAACCAAAGCUAAUUAAACUUGAAAAGAACGCUUCUGUAGAUGCUGCAUCAUCGUCAUCCUCGAAUGCAGUUGGAGAUUCCAGUGCAGAUGGUAUUGUUAAAAUAAAUAUUUCCGAUAAAAAGGUUAAAGUGCAAAGGAUUACUGUAACAAAAGCGCAAGCUGCGGCUAUGGCCAAAGAAGGUCGUAUUAAAAUCAAAGAUGGUAAAAUAAUAUUAAAUAAAUAAAUAUUUAAUUCCCAAUCAAAUAAUUAUACAUAUGUAUUUGUUUUUAUACAUAUUUUACAUAAUUAUUUAUUAAUUAAUCUUUAAAAUGAUUAAUAUUGACUAGUAACAAAAAAAAACUCUGAACUAUUAAACAGUAAACAAAAUUUAUUGGAAAGGCGUUCAGUACACGAAAUACUUGAAGUUUUUAGUUACUCAAUAAAUCUAUUGUUAAAAAUACACAUAUAUAUAAGUGAAAUACUACAUAA